CGCCCGGGGCGGCGGGGCUGCGGGCUGCGGCGGGAUGGGCGCGCUCCGGGCCGGUGCCCUCGCCUUCCUCCUCCUCCUCCUCCUCGGCUGCCUCCUGCCCCGGCGCGGCCCGCUCAGGCUGGUCUCAGGGCGGGAGGAGAUUAAAGCUGGCUCCCGAGGCUCAGCCCAGCCCAUGUCACCCUCUGAUUUCCUGGACAAGCUCAUGGGACGAACCUCAGGGUACGACGCCCGCAUUCGACCCAACUUCAAAGGUCCGCCUGUCAACGUGACGUGCAACAUCUUCAUCAACAGCUUUGGCUCCGUCACUGAGACCACCAUGGACUACCGGGUGAACGUGUUCCUGCGGCAGCAGUGGAACGAUCCCCGCCUGGCCUACCGGGAGUACCCCGACGACUCCCUCGACCUCGACCCCUCCAUGCUCGACUCCAUCUGGAAGCCAGACUUGUUCUUUGCCAACGAGAAAGGGGCCAAUUUCCACGAGGUCACCACUGACAACAAGCUCCUGCGCAUCUUCAAGAAUGGCAACGUGCUCUACAGCAUUAGGCUGACCCUGAUCCUGUCCUGCCCCAUGGACCUCAAGAACUUCCCCAUGGACAUCCAGACAUGCACCAUGCAGCUGGAGAGUUUUGGCUACACUAUGAACGACCUCAUCUUCGAGUGGCUGGAGGAGCAGGAGGCCGUGCAGGUGGCAGAGGGCUUGACACUCCCACAGUUCAUCCUCAGGGAUGAGAAGGACCUGGGCUAUUGCACCAAGUACUACAACACAGGCAAGUUCACCUGCAUCGAGGUGAAGUUCCACCUGGAGAGGCAGAUGGGUUACUACCUGAUCCAGAUGUACAUCCCCAGCCUACUCAUCGUCAUCCUCUCCUGGGUCUCCUUCUGGAUCAACAUGGAUGCGGCGCCGGCCCGGGUGGGCUUGGGCAUCACCACGGUGCUCACCAUGACCACGCAGAGCGCCGGCUCCCGCGCCUCCCUGCCCAAGGUGUCCUAUGUGAAGGCCAUUGACAUCUGGAUGGCCGUGUGCCUGCUCUUCGUCUUCGCCGCCCUGCUGGAGUACGCGGCCGUCAACUUUGUGUCGCGCCAGCACAAGGAGUUCAUGCGCCUGCGCCGCCGCCAGCGACGGCAGAGGAUGGGCCUGAGCAGCGGCACGGCCAGCCUGGAGUCCCUGCGGCAGCCGAGCAGCCGGCACAGCAGCGAGCACACCUACGCGACGCUCUGCAGCUCCCGGGAGGAAGAGCUGAGCCGCGAGAGCCGCUUCUACCUGCGGGGCUACGGGCUGGGCCCCUGCCUGCAGCCCAAGGAGGGGGCUGGGGAGGGCCCCGGAGCGUUCAGCCCCCCGGCCGUGCUGCGGGAAGGGGAGAGCCUCCGCAGGCGCUACCUGGACCGCGCCAAGCGCAUCGACACCGUCUCCAGAGCCGUCUUCCCCUUCACCUUCCUGCUCUUCAACAUCUUCUACUGGGUGGUUUACAAAGUGCUGCGCUCAGAGGACAUCCACAUGGUGCCCUGAGGCUGGAAAAGUAGGACUGACUGCCUCUUGGUGUCACCCCCACAGUGUGCUCAGGUGCCACAGGCUCAGCCAGAACUGCAUUUCCCUCUGUCCCGGAGCGGUGGCACAGCUGGGCUGGGCUUCAGAGCCUGGACGUGUGGCAGUCCCUGUGCCACACUGGAUUUUGUGGCACAAACUGGGGGGAUCAACAAUCACAGGUCCCCACGGUCAGCUGGAGAGACGAACCCCUCCUGCUUCCUGCAUGGUGUCACCCCAGGUACCCCGGCAUGCUGUACUGUCAGGGCAGGGAAACACCCCAGGAAUGCUGUGCUGUCAGGGCAGGGAAACACCCCAGGAAUGCAGCGCUGUCAGGGAACAGGGAAACAGCUACACCCCAGGAAUGCUGUGCUGUCAGGGAACAGGGAAUGUGCUACACCCCAGGAAUGCUGUGCUGUCAGGGAACAGGGAAUGUGCUACACCCCAGGAAUGCUGUGCUGUCAGGGAACAGGGAAACAGCUACACCCCAGGAAUGCAGCGCUGUCAGGGAACAGGGGAACAACCAUACCCCAGGAAUGCUGUGCUGCUGGGGGAACCCUGGGUAGCCAGGGGCACAGGAGAGCCCUGGGUAUUUUGGCACAGCCAGUGGCCAGAAAACAUCACCUACCCGAAAAAUGUCCUCUCCCUUUUCCAUACCUACCAUGUUAGGCUGCUGCUUCUCCAGCCUUCCUCACUGAGUUGUGGACCAGUGAUCAGGCUGCAAUUCUCUGCUCUGGCCUGGAGCUUGCUUGCAGGAAAGAGCAGGCAGCAGCCCUGCCUGCACCUGGACUGUGCCCCCACAGCCCCUGCCCAGCAAUGCAGCCCCAGCCAGCUCCAACACACAGCACAGCAGCAGGCUGGGGAUGCUGCCCUCCCUGCAGAGCUCAGAACUGCCCGUGGUGCCCAGGGCUGCAGGAUUGUGGCAGGGACAGUGGGCAGGAGGCUCUGUUUGCUCCAAGGAGAUGCCAGCCCUGAGCAGGCAGCAGGCAAGCUCAGUCCUGCUGAAGGGGCCCAGAUGGCCACUGCAGUUACAGAUGGGAGUCACUUGGCACUGGGGAGAUGGCACUGCAUUAUCAGCAGGGUCACAGCCUGUCUUCCAAGGGAGAUUUUGGGAUGAAAGCAGUGGGGAAAGCUUGGCCAAUCCUUUUGGAGGAGCAGAGUGAGUGGUGGCAUCCCCAGACUGCUGCAUUCCCACAGCACCACGGUGCCAGAAGAGAGAUGGAGGUGAAAAUUGCCCCAUUCCUCAGCCCAGCAUCUGAGUGCAGCAUCCCCUGGGCAGGCUCAUCCCCAAUGUUCCUCCCUGGAGAGGAGAGCAACUGGAACCCCAACAGGACAAGCUCGGCAAGGCUCCCAGCCCUUCAGAUCUGGAUACCCUCCAUGCUUUGCAGGAAAUAAAUGCAGCAGGUGAUGCUUAAGUCCUCCAGA